GCUCACUGCACACACCUCUGUACUAGCUUGGCUCUUUCUUCCUCCCCUCUCUCACAUCAUGCUCUCCAAUUCACCAUUAUCAAAUACUCUCUCUCUCUCUCUCUCUCUCUCUCUCUCUCUCUUGUGUGUUAAGCUACCAAACCAAACCAAACCCAACCCACCAAACCAACUGUUGAACCCUUUACGCCAUUUUUUUAUUUUUCAAACCAGACUCUGAAAUUUGGCCAGGAGUAGUCCUCGAAAUGGGCUGUGCUCAGUCUAAGGUGGACGAUGAAGAAUCGGUGGCCAGGUGUAAGGAGAGGAAAAUCCUUAUGAAGGAGGCUGUGGUUACUCGGAACGCCUUCGCUGCUGGUCAUUCUGGCUAUGCUAUUUCUCUUAAGAAUACCGGUGCUGCGCUUAGUGAUUAUGCCCAGGGUGAAGUCCAAGAACCCCACUCCCACCUCCAGCAAUCUCCCCUUGAGCCCAUUUCUCAGCCUCCUCCGCCUCCCCCUCCUCCUCCACCGUCCAUGGAGAGCUUUCCUCUUCCUCCUCCUCCUCCGCUGCCUGAUUUCUCUCCUAGUCCUAGUCCUAAUCCCAUCAAGCGUGCGUUGAGCAUGCCGGAGAUCCCCAUGAAGCUGCAUCGAAAGGCGGGGGAAGAAAUUGAUUCCACUGCCAUUGCAGAGGAAGAGGAGGAGGAUGAGGAGGAAGAGGAACGUGGAUUAGAUCACGGAGCUCGAAAUGGGAAUGUCAAUAAUGAUAAAAAGAAUAAAGAUUUUAGCGGGUCGCGGGGCCCACCUAAUGGGAAGGUGGGACCGGAGGAAACACCGCGGUCCCCACCAAGGACACCGGAAAAUCACGCCGUGCCACCAAUGCCGGAGUCCAAGAAUAUGGCUUGGGAUUACUUCUUUAAUGUGGACCAUAUGCCGGGGCCGUCUUUGGAACCUGAAGUUGACGCGAAUAGAAAUGGCAAUACCUUUGGCAGUGUUGAGCAGGAUGUGGGCGUUCGAUUUGGUAGCAUUGAGAAUCCCAGUGGUGGUGAAAUCAGUGGGGUUGAGCCGAAGACGCCGGAGAAACCACCGACUGAACACUUGGCUACCGUGGCGGAGGAGGAGGAGGAGAAGGAGUCUAAGACGGAGAAACAGAUUGAGCAUUCGAAAACAGCAUCUCCUGAUUUUAAAGUGGCUGGGAAGAAGGUGUUUCCGGUUCCUACUGUGAAUUUAAUGCAGGUUUUGGGCGAGAUUGAUGAUCAUUUCCUGAAGGCAUCGGAGAGCGCACAGGAGGUUUCAAAGAUGCUCGAGGCCACUCGCUUGCAUUACCACUCCAAUUUUGCAGACAAUAGAGGAUAUGUUGAUCAUUCUGCUAGAGUUAUGCGUGUCAUCACGUGGAAUAGGUCAUUCAGAGGUGUACCUAAUGGUGAAGGUGGCAAGAAUGAACUUGAUUCUGAAGAUUAUGAGACUCUUGCCACCGUGUUGGAUAAGUUGUUAGCAUGGGAAAAAAAACUAUAUGAUGAAGUAAAGCAAGGCGAGCUUAUGAAGCUUGAGUAUAGGAAGAAAGUUGCUCAGUUAAAUAGGCAGAAGAAGCAUGGUGCCAGUGCUGAAUCCUUGGAAAAAACGAAAGCAGCUGUAAGUCAUCUGCAUACGAGGUAUAUAGUUGACAUGCAGUCCAUGGACUCUACUGUUUCAGAAGUCAAUGAUAUACGUGACAAGCAGCUGUAUCCAAGACUUGUUGAUCUUGUUAACGGGAUGGCCAAAAUGUGGACCAGUAUGUGCAUACAUCAUGAUGGCCAGCUGAAGAUUGUUACAGACCUAAAGUCCCUUGAUGUCGGCCAUGUUAAGGAAACUACAAGACAUCAUCAUGAGCGCACCAAACAACUUUAUAAUGUAGUGCAAGGAUGGCAUUCACAAUUUGAAAAACUUGUGACCCAUCAAAAGCAAUGCAUUCAAACUCUUCAUAACUGGUUAAGGUUAAAUCUAAUCCCAAUUGAAAGCAGCUUGAAAGAGAAAAUAUCAUCACCGCCAAAAGCCCCGAAUCCCCCUAUCCAAGCCCUCCUCCACUCAUGGCAUGAUUAUCUAGAAAAGCUUCCAGAUGAUGUGGCCAAAUCUGCUAUCUCAUCCUUUGCUGCUGUCAUAAAAACCAUAGAACUGCAUCAGGAAGAAGAGCUGAAGCUAAAAGAGAAAUGUGAAGAAACCAGGAAGGAAUUUCUUCGUAAGAAUCAGGCAUUUGACGAAUGGUAUCAAAAGUACAUGCAGCGUAGAACAUCAACUGAUGAAACAGAUGCUGAAAGAGGUGAAGAUGCAAAUUCCAAGGAUCCAGUAUUAGAGAGGCAAUUCGCAGUGGAGAGCUUGAAGAAGAAAAUGCAUGAAGAAGUUGAAGCUCACCAAAGACAUUGCAUUCAGGUGAGAGAGAAGUCACUAGGAAGUCUAAAGAUUCGGUUGCCUGAGCUAUUCCGAGCUAUGUCAGACUAUGCUCAUACAUGCUCUGAUGUUUAUGAGAAACUGAGGGCCCUCACUCAGUUGCAGAAUUCAACUCAUGGUCCUCCAUAAUGAUGUAAAGACUCCUAAGUUAAAUCCUAGUCAGAAGUACCUUUUAUCUGAGACAUGCCUUUCUAGGAUACUGGUAAUCUGUAUUUGUUGUGUGGAAAAAUUAAUUUCGCUUUCAUAUUCAA